CACCAAAUAUAGAACUAAUCUAGUUUGUUUAUAUAUUCCACCAUGGCCGACGUUCAGAUACCGACCGAGCAAUGGGCUCAAGUCGUCGAGCAAACGGGCGGCCGUGAGCCCCUCCCAACCUGUUUUCCUGUUUUCCUUUUUUCCUUUUUUUCCUUUUUUUCCUUUUUUUCUUUUUUCUCUUUCUCUUCUCCUUUCUGCUUUGAUUUCCAUUGAAAUCCAGCAUCUAACACGCCUACUCCCGCACAGCCCUCGUUUACAAGAAAAUCCCCGUCCAGAAGCCAGGUCCGGAUGAAGUCCUCGUCAAUGUCAAAUAUUCUGGCGUCUGCCACACUGACCUCCACGCCAUGAUGGGCGACUGGCCCCUCCCGACGAAGAAACCCCUGGUUGGCGGCCACGAAGGCGCAGGCGUCGUAGUGGCCUGCGGCUCCCUCGUCAAAAACAUCAAAGUAGGCGACUAUGCCGGCAUCAAGUGGCUGAACGGCAGCUGCCUCAACUGCCCGUACUGCGAGAACGCCGACGAGCCGCUGUGCCAGGGCGCCCUGCUGUCGGGCUACACCGUCGACGGCACGUUCCAGCAGUACGCCAUCGCCAAGGCGGCCCACGUGGCCCACAUCCCGGGAAACUGCGACCUCGAGGCCGUCGCGCCGAUCCUCUGCGCCGGCAUCACCGUCUACAAGGGCCUGAAGGAGUCGGGCGCGCGCCCGGGCCAGAUGGUCGCCAUCGUCGGCGCCGGCGGCGGUCUCGGCUCGUGCGCCGUGCAGUACGCCAAGGCCAUGGGCUUGCACGUCAUCGCCAUCGACGGCGGCGAGGAGAAGGGCGCGCUGUGCAAGAAGCUCGGCGCCGCCGUCUACGUCGACUUCCUCACGUCCAAGGACGUCGUCGCCGAUGUCAAGAACAACACCCCGGACGGGCUCGGCCCGCACGCCGUCCUCCUCCUCGCUGUCCAGGAGAAGCCGUUCCAGCAGGCUUCCCAGUACGUCCGCAGCCGCGGGUCGGUCGUCUGCAUUGGGCUCCCCGCGGGGGCGUACCUGAAGGCCCCGGUCUUUGAUACGGUCGUCCGCAUGAUCAGUAUCAAGGGCAGCUAUGUCGGGAACCGAGUCGACACGUCUGAGGCUCUCGACUUUUACGCCCGCGGCCUUGUCAAGGUCCCGUACAAGUCGAUUGGUCUCAGUAAGCUUCAGGAUGUGUAUACGCUCAUGCGCGAGAACAAGAUUGCGGGUCGCUACGUCGUCGACACUAGUAAAUAAACGCGAAGGCGAGGAAAUGGCAUCUGUGGGAUGGUCUGUGAAGCAAGUCGGGUCAAAUCCGGGAAAGGGUAAGAUGUCACUGAAGUGGGACACUGCGGAUUACAGAUAUCUUCUGUCUCGGUAUGGAAUUGCGGCUUGAAAAGUCAAUGAAAGAGAGGUAGGUAUGUCGUAAUAACUGUUCCCAACAAAAAAAAAAAAAAAAAAAAAAA